AAACAUAUAAAAUACUUGUCUACAUAAAACCUCUACAUUUCCCGUGAAUCGCUGCAUUAAAUGUGUUGUCUAUAAAUGCCUUUGUCAGCAUUAUUAAUGCUUUUGGGGGCAGAGCACGCCCAAGUGAAUUGCGUUGCGUACCACCGAAUAUGUUGCCAACACCUUGCUUGCGUAGCCCUCCAGACUCAGUCACAUUUGGCGGUAUUUGAACAAGGACGCGUAACGCUGUUCGUUGGAUAUAUUGCAGCAAGUGAAUGGUGCAGUAUGGAGACACUCUACCCUAUGUUACUAUAUGGGUUUCUGUAUUUUUACACAAGCAGUGUUAAAGGCAUGCCGAUAGAUUAUGUUGCCGCUGACGGACUACGUUAUCGGGAAUGAUGUUGGUUUCGGGCAAUCCUAAUACGCCGUGGGUGGUUGCGUAUUCGAUGAUUCGCGGUUGAAAUUAUUACCGUGUCUGACAAGCGAUCGUCCAAUCCCG